ACCUCUCCUUCACCUCAGUCCUUCCUUGAACCUCUGCAAAUAGAGACAUCCGCCGUCGUGCUUCAGGGGCCUCGCAGUCGCUGUUGCUCGCUGUUGAGACUCGUCUCGUCCUUUCAUUGUCGUCCUGACUUGGCUUUGGCGCAACUUCGCCGCUUCAAUCUCUCCAGUGACCUCUUUGUUUGGCCCCAGUCUGCCUGGCUGCCUCUUUCUGAAACAACAAAGAAAUCACUUACACGCUCUUUCGAGAUAUAUCCCCCAAUUCGCUUCUCUGCAGGGCCGGAGAUACCACACUCCCUAAGUUGAUACUUGCAAUUAAUCUGCCGUUGAUUGUAUUGUUCUCGCGCAUCGACCGACCUCAAUCUUUUAUACCCAACCGUGUUUAUAUAUACGCCUAUAUAUACCGUUAGAUCCUCUUCUCUCUCCAAAAUGCGGUACUUGAGCGGUCUUCUGGCCGCCGCCCCUCUGCUGGGCCUCGUCUCAGCCCAGGUUUCCACAUCGUGCAACCCGUUGAACUCGACAUGCCCUGCCGACCCCGGCUUCAACACCGACUACACCUUCAACUUCAACACCACGCCGUCGUAUGAGUUGUGGGAGACGACUGCUGGAUCCGUCACCUACGACAACGAAAACGGCGCCGGCUUCACCAUCAACAAGCAGGGUGACUCGCCCACCAUCCGCACGCUCUUCUACUUCUUCUUUGGCCGUGUUGAGCUCUUCCUCAAGGUCGCCCCCGGCGUCGGCAUUGUCAGCUCCUCCAUGUGGCUGAGUGACGAUCUCGACGAGGUCGACCUGGAGUUUCUGGGCGUCAACAACACCAUGGCCUCGACAAACUACUUUGGCAAGGGUCUCGAGGAUUUCCACAACGCUGGUCUGUACACCACCGCCAACAACCAGGAGAACUUCAUCAACUACACCACUGUCUGGACCAAGGAUGCGCUCCAGUGGUACAUUGACGGCGCCCUCGUCCGUACCCUCACCCCUGACCAGGCCAACAAGACCCGAAACUACCCCCAGACUCCCAUGAGGCUGUCCCUCGGCAUCUGGGCUGGUGGUGACCCGAGAAUGCCCAACGGUACUCGUGAGUGGGCUGGUGGCAACACCGACUACUCCAAGGGCCCCUACACCAUGUAUGUCAAGAGUGCUCGCAUCACCGACUACGGCGGUGGCAGCGAGUACACCUACGGAGACAUGACUGGUAGCUACGAAAGCAUCAAGGUCACUGGCACGGACAAAAACUCCACCUUCUACGAGGCCCUCCACCAAGCCCCCAAGCUGUCUACGGCUGACAAGUGGAACAAUCUGCCCGCCGGAGCCAGAAUCGCCGUGUACGCGGCGGCCGGCGUCGUCGGCGCCGUCCUGAUCGGAGCCCUGCUCUUCUACUGCAUCAAGCAGCGCAAGUCCGGCGCCCGCGAGGCCCGCCUGCAGACAGAAAUGGAAAAGAUGGACCUAUGAGGAAAGAAGGCGUCGUCGCGGCUGAUGCGCCCCCCGCAAACGUCAGCCCUCUUGACAGCAAAGGUUGGACCGCCGUCAACAUCGAGUCGCCUAUGCAGUCGCCCGCCCCCUUCCUCAACCAGGGUGCUCACGCCGAUGGCCCAGGAAGUCCUGGUUCUCCUCCUCAGUCUCACCCCGGUCCGCAGAGAGCCUCGAGCACGGCUCCCAUCCGGACUUUCAGCGCGAGCCACUCAGGAUACCAGGGACUCCCCGGCGGAGAAGUCUGAAAGAAAAAAAGAGCACCCGAUAAACGUUCAUGAUAGAAAGGGAAGCGGGCUGGUUUUAUUUUAAUCAUUAUUUUUCAUUUUUUUUUUGAAACCAAAGAGCGAUGGGGGCCAUAUACAACAGCGCGCGUGGGAUGAACUCUUUUUUGCGUCUUCUUUUUCUUUUUUUUUUUUACUCUCAAGAAAAAAAGAAAAGGGUCUCAAUGACUUGUUUCGUUGUUUGAACUUUUGCCUCCAGAUACCAACCUUUGGAUGGCGUUUUAGGUGUUGAAGCUAGAAAGGGAUGUAUGGCAUUUAUGGACACAAACUUUUAUUUUACCACUUUUUAAAUACCUACACAUCUGGCCGUUUUUGGGCUUUCUACAGCACGUUGCAUAUAAUUUAGCUUGGUCGUGAAUAUGAACAUAUUACUUUUAUAAUACUGCUGAGCUUCUUGUUGUUGUGACUAGCCAUUUGCUUUGUAGGGAUUCUUGCUCUGGUCCCUUGUGACGAGCGAGUAUCAUAUUGAGUCCAGAGUCUGUGUAAUAGAAGAUUGGCUGUUCAUUGUGUUUGAGCAAAUGAAAAGGGGAUUUCUGUAAAGCUCGUUUUUACUAUAUUUUUAAAUUUGAGAUGAUGCAAAAGAAAUAGAUUAUACCUAUUCUUCAUUUAGAGGAUGAAAAAGAUUCAAAAUAUACCUAUUCCUCUUCAUAUAAGCAUCAUCGUAACCUGAAUGGAGCUACGCGGAAAAUGAGAGAAAAUGUGUC